AUGUUAGUUCAGAGAGGUUGGCAGGUUCUGAGCCACUUAUUGUCCCAUUACUCCAAGGUUGUCCCAAAUAGUCCGCAAUAUAUCUGUCGUUUGGCCUCGUCAUGGUCAGGCUGGAGAAGGCGCAGUUAUUGGAGAUAUCUGAGGAGGUCAGUUUUGGGAGUCCCAACACCGCCUUACCCACGCGUGACUCAGACAGGUGAUCCAGUGCUGCGUUGCCACGCUGCGCCUGUUCCUCCUGACCAGAUUUCACACCCGGACACAGUGAAAGUGAUAAAUCGCAUGGUGCGUGUCUUGCGUUCAGGAGGAUGUGUGGGGCUAAGCGCACCUCAGCUCGGAGUUCCUCUCCGUAUUUUAAUGUUGGAACUCCCAGAGAAGAUGAGCCAGGCAGUGCCUCCUGAUGUUCUUGCUGCCCGUGAGAUGACCCCAUUCCCGCUGAAGGUCUUUAUCAAUCCGGAGAUGCGUGUGUUGGACAAUCGAACGUUGAGUUUUCCAGAAGGCUGCAGAAGCAUCCAUGGAUUCUCUGCGGUAGUGCCACGCUACUAUGCUGUGGAGAUAUCUGGUGAGUGCUCCCAGUAUGCAAUAAAUCCUCCGAAUUCUCCAUCUAUAUAUUUAUACAUAAGAUCUUCAACCACUAAGCUAAGACCUAAAGGGGAGUAUAAGACUUUUAUACUGACAGACACAGGUAAGGUGAUCUGAAUCUGGAUCUGCCUAAAUUCAAAUGUAGCCAGUGAAAUAGUGUACUCUGUGCUUUGUUCUUUCAAUAAAGGACUUUUAUUUUUGUGCAAACAUUCAAGUGGACCCAACUAUGUAUUGAUACCUCAGUGUCUUUGUCAAGGCUUGUCGAAAUGUCGCUAGAGGAUUAUGGCUGAUGGGAAUAGAAGUUAGUGGCAUUCUCCGAGGGGCACAGGAGUCACCCAGUAGGUCUGUGUGAGGAGUCUACUAGUGCUGUUUAAUGCUUCGUUCUAAACAUGUUUGGGGGUUUAUUCACUAAACAGUGAGUUGACAAAAAAGAUAAUUAGAUCAAGAUAGCCACGGUGGAAUAUUUGUAUUUGGCUACAAUAUGUGCUAAAACAGUUGAACAGGGUAUUAAAUGUGAGCCGGCUGCAGCACAUCUCACUGCUUGUUGAAUAACGAUAUACUCUAGUCUGUUUUCUUUAAUGUUUAACUCCUUGCGGCAGUGUUUCACGGGAACAAAUGUCUCAGCGGGGUGCCCCAUUCGCCCUCCAUAGUGUAACUAAUGCCAUUACCUGUAGGACCUGUUUAGUCUGUUACCGUAUAUUUCCCUUUGCAGGUUUGACUCCAGACGGGAAGCGCGUUACGUGGCUAGCAAAAGGUUGGGCAGCUAGGAUUGUACAGCACGAAAUGGAUCACUUGGAUGGCGUUUUGUACAUCGAUAAGAUGGAUCCCAGGACCUUUACCAACAUUAACUGGACAGAGGUGAAUGACUGA